CUCCUCCUCCUCCUCCUCUGCGCUCGAAGCCUCGCUGUCUCGUUCUCGCUCGGCUCUUCUGGGCUCAGGGGCAUCUGGAAGUCCAAAGGGCAUCAGGGUUUUCCUCCGCCGUCCAGCUGCAUGGACCAGCCUUCGCUCUCAGCUCUAGAAGCGUCUCCUCACACACACAGCAGAAGAUGGCUACGACACUGCAUGAGUUCACACAAUUUGUGGAUCCUAAAACUUUCCCUCGAGUGCUUCAGAUCCAGUCAGGAAUCUACUAUCAAGGCUGCGUGUAUGAGAUGUUUGGAAGAGAGUGCUCUCUCUCGACAGGAGAUCUGCUGAAAGUCAUCGACAUCACCAUCACCAGAUUCACAGCACAGAGCUCCAGCGACACACACAUCGACAUACCGGUGGAGUAUCCAGGUUUGUUCAAACUGGUGUCUGACAGUCAGCCGUACCGAAGCAUUGAGGAGAUAGCCGUCUCACUGAAGAUCAGCUCUCAUCGGCUGGGCCAGCCCGUGUUCCUCAGCUGUCAGGACAUUGAGCUGCCUCAGGGCCUCAUAAGAGAGAGAGACAGCUUCAGGAUCACCGGCGUCUCCCACGAGCUCCCCGCCGGACACGUGCAGUGCGAGCUGCUGCUCAGAGAGCCCAAGUUCUGCUUCAGCCUGAGCUUCUCCCAGCAGGGCUGCUUCGUAGAGUGUGAGGACGACCAGUUUUACACCCUGAAAGAGGUUGCGGAGUGGAAAAUCUCCAAGGGCAGGAAGAGGACUGUAACCGAGGUCAAAGCUCCGGCCAAGAAGGACUUCUUUUUUUCCAGUUUGUUGGAGAAUGUAUCUGGAGAGCUGAUCCUGACUCCAGUGUAUGAACUGAAGGCUGUUACGAGUCUCAGCGAGAAAUUUCUGCUCAUCCCGUCAAACUUGGACGUGGAGGUAGUGGAUGUCACAGAAGAGUUUGAUUGUGACUCUUUUGUGCAGCCUCUGUCUCUUCCGGAUGUUUUGAAGAGGCCUCCAGAGUUUUUUCCUGUGGUGUUCAAGUUGUCAAGUGAAAGCCAUUUCAAGGUUUCACCAGAGCUCGAGUCCCUUUUCCAUUCCAAACAGGUGAUCGUUCAUCAUGCUUUUUAUGCCAAACGAAUCCUGGCCUCGGAAAUGUGCCGUGAAUCAACAAGACACUUUCUUAUCCCGGAGUCCUAUAAUGGUCGCUUCAAGCGUCGGCCACGGCAGUUCCCCACCGCCUACGAUCUGGAACGGGCGCGCAGCGAGACCGAACAGAUACGUGUGGUCGCCACCAGAGAGUUCGAGUCGGUGUACAGCGGGCUUGCUUCUGUUCAGGCUGGAGACGAGUUUAUAGUGACAAAAGGCAAAAGCUGUGCGGUUUCACGCAAUGGGAUCGAGAAGGCAGCUGAUAAUUGUGAAUGUCUGAAAGUCACAGAGAAAAGCCACGGGACAGAGGUGAAGGAGCCUGUGUGCCUCCCCAUGUGUUUGGAGGGGGGAUUCAUGGAGCUGGUUCGGGACAAGCGUCAAUACACCAUUGCGGAAAUAUGCCGAUGGUUCCCGCUACCCUUCAACGUCAAAGUGUCCGUGCGUGACCUCUCUUUGAAGGUGGACGUUCUGGCUGGACUGCCUGGUCUGCAUAUUGAGGAGGAGAUCUCGGACCCUUGCCUCCUCGUGUCAAACCUUGACCUCUCAGAGUUCAGGGAGGUGCCAGUAAACCGUACAGACUUGAUCCUUAACAUAAAACAGCGCUGGGCUGGCGAGAGUCCAACAUGUAGUGGAAUGUCAGCCAUAGAGGAGAUCUCAGAGGACUGUUACUACACACUCAGGAGGUACGCUGUCGCUACUGUUACACCCCCUCCACGGCCUCCAAAAAAACCCAAACAUCCUCCACCGCGACCCCCCAAGAUGUUCACAUCCAGAUCUGAGAGCGCAAACAGUGAGAACUCCAGCUGCUCUCCCAAGACUCUUUGUGUUGAACCUUUUAAACAAGACGACUUCAUGCAAUGCAGUGGAAAUGACAAAAAGAUUCCCACUAGUCCAGUCACAUUGCCAAAACCUACCCUGCAGAAAGCUCUCGCCAAGGGCCGAAGUCUGGACGACAUCUCCAUCGUAAACAACCAAGAUGACGACAAUGAUGUGCAUGAUUAUGAAUAUAUAGAUGAGGAUCAGCUUGACAACAUAAGAAGGGUGUACCAGGAACAGCCUGUUAACAUGGGCGUGAAAGGAACGCCGAGUAACACAAUAUGAGUAUACACAAUAUAUAUAUACACACACAUACAUGAGUGA